AUCAACGUUCAACGCCAUAGUCUACCCCGGCCUGCCGCUCACUCUCUCUGCUUCACCUUUACUCCUAUGGUGUAAUUUCUGUACUGUUUUUACUUUUUGCUCUCAAAUUCCCGCCGGAAUAGUCGCCGAAAUGACGUCGGCUACGACAAAUCCGCCGCAGUUAUGCGGGUCGGGGGCCGACGCGAUUGCUCACGUCGACCUAAACAGGCUCGCUCAGGCUGAGCUGCUUGCGCUCUCCCACUGCUCCGCCUCCGCCUUCGACGCUCGCCGCACUCAAGACCUCGUCCUCCCCCAAAUUGACCGCUCGCUGUUCAAUGAAUCCGCCGGCAGCAAGCGCCAGACCUACUCCCGCCUCGGCCGUCACCACCACCGCACUCACCUCCCCGGCCGUCUCCCCUCCGGUUCGAGGACCAAACCUAAUUCUUCAUCCGACCCUGAUAACCACGCUAUUCUUCACUACCUCAAAUACUUUUUCCAAAAUCCCAAUUCCGACUCCCCGCCACCUCCUCCUCCUAAGCAGCCGGCUCUUGCGGUUGAUCAAAAGCUGGUGUCAGGACUUCCGCAAACGACGGGGCUUCCGGUGCAUGCAGGGGACGGAAAGAGAAAACAAGGCGCCAAGGCCGAUGGUAACGGUAAUAGGAGGUUACAAGAGAAUUUGGAAUUGGAGCUCGUGAAUAAGAAUGGCGUGGUGGUGGAUUUUGCGGCACUGGAGAAUAACGGAGAUGAAGUAUACAGUGAGGAAUUGAGGAGGAGAACUGUUGGACUCGAGAGCGAGGAUGAGGUUUUAGGUUUUGUGAGGAGCUUGGAGGGCCAGUGGUGUAGCAGGAGGAGGAAGAGGAAAUAUGUUGAUGCUAGCGAUUUUGGGGACGCAUUGCCCGUUGGCUGGAAGCUCUUGCUAGCUCUUAGAAGACGGGAUGGUCACGUCUGGGUUUAUUGCCGCAGAUACAUAAGCCCUACUGGUCAACAGUUUCUAUCAUGCAAGGAGGUAGCAGCCUUCCUGCGGUCCCAUUUUAUGUCCCUUGAUGCAAAUCGGUUCGUGGAUCAGAGAUCAUCCUCCAUUAUACAACUGAAUGGUCCAAACUCAGAAAAUAAUGUAGGUUCUUUCCAUGGUGAUGAUACUGGCAGUCGUGACUUAGUUGUCCAUUCAAGUCUACCAAGUUCAACAACUGAGACACAGGGGAAUGAACUUUGCUUGAUGGGGAUUGAUAAUCUUCCUGAUGUUCAAGUUAAAGACCUCUUUGAGUGUUAUAAAUGCAACCUGACAUUUCAUGACAAAGGUGCAUAUUUGGAGCAUCUUUUCUCAUUUCACCAGCAGACUACAAAAAGGAUUAGGGUUGGGCCAUCUGUUGGCGAGGGCGUGAUAAUUAAAGAUGGAAAGUAUGAAUGCCAAUUCUGCCACAAGGUAUUUGAUGAAAGGCGUAGUUACAAUGGCCAUGUAGGAGUCCAUGUGAGAAACAAUAGUAAAGGUUCUGAAGGAUUAUUUGCUGUAGCUGCAGUGCAGAAGAGCAUUGAUACUCCAUCCCAGAAUGUUUUGCCUUCAACAACCUCUAAAAUGGACGCUUUAAUUGAAAUUGCUCAGAAUUCUAUUUCAGAAACUGCAACAGCUAAACCUCCUGACAUAUCCACCAUUAACCCAUUACCUGGUACUGUAAACUCAAAAGAAGUUGUGACUGCCAAUACUGAUCAAGAAAUGGAUCCAAGAACUGAUCCAAAAGAGGUGGAUUUGGUAGAUUCCAAGGCUGAAAGCACUUUGGAUUGUGACUUAAAUCAGCAUGAUAAAGAAAACAUGCAAACAGAAGAUGAUGGAAUUGUGAAGAGUGGUGAAACACAGGUUGUCGAGAUUAAUCUGACAGAAGCUCCAAAAGAUAACUCUGAGCAUACUGAGGCUAGUAACAUACAAAGAGAUGAUACUGCAGAGCAGGAUGUAGGCCUUGGAAACAGGCAGACUGAGCCAAAUAAUAGUAAUGCCAUAGCAGAGACUGUGGAGUUGACUCUUGAGAAAAAUGAUUUCCAGGAAGGGGUAACUGACUCUUCAAUGCCCAUUUUGGAACCAUUAAACUACUUCUCUACCUUUGCAGCUGAGUCAAAUAAGGAACAGGAUGAAUUUUCUGUGUUGAAGCUUGGAAAUGAAACAGGCUUUGAGGAGCUGACGUUGGAUGAUAUAGAACCAUUUAAAUAUGACUUUUCUGAGGGGCAAGUGUCCCCAUCUUUGCCUGGAGUCUCUGUGGGUUUGGAUAAUGGUUCUGGGAUGGAAGAGACUUUUAACUCCUCCCUUGGAUUUGGUUCAGAGGAAGCUGUCUUAGGAAUGGCUAACGCACAUCAGCUUAUAACUGUGUGUGUAUGGUGCAGAUCGGAGUUCAUUUUGGAAGCUUUUGAAUCAGAAACUCAGUCAGAUUCAAUUGGAUACAUGUGUCCAGAAUGCAAGGCCAAAAUUUCUGGGCACUUGGACAGUGGUCUUUCCAUGGGUUCUCAUGGAUUCUGAUCUAUGUUGAUGUCAUAUCUGUGUAGUGCGAAAUAUCCUAAUUUACAAGAGUGGCAGAGUGGCAGAGUGGCAGAGUGCUAUACUUGAUGCGAGAGGCAAAGCGAACGUGGGGAGACGUUGUAACUAUCUCUGCAUUGUGCAUGUUAGGUUUAUCGAUGGCAGUAGAGUAGGGUUUUAGAACAAGGAUUGGUGCAGACUAUAUACAGAAAUCUAAAGUAUGUCUUCUAAAUAUAAUGUAGAUAUAUCCAUCCAUUUACAUCCUCUCAUGCCUCACUUUCUGAUGGUCAUAUUUCAAUAUUCACCAUCCCUA